CAAUUUUUUCCUUCUCUCCCUCUCUUUUUUCUACAUAGAAGAGUAGCAUGACCCCAUCCGGCCAGCCAGCGACAGGUUCUGCUGUCCCGUGUCUUAUGUUGGCUCUGCUGUGCCAUUUCUGAACCCCUACGACGUCAGGACUGCAUAUGUUUCUUGCAGCCAAGCAACUGCCGACGAACGUUAUUUUUGAUUCGCCAUUAACUUUUUUUCUUUUCAAGUCGACACCAUCCAUCAAACUAAAAUAAUUUAGCAAAGGGAGACGAACGACGAAGAAAUAACCCCCAAGCUGUUAGGCUUCGGCGCGGCCCGCCGUGUUUAUUAGCAACGAAAAUGGCUCACUCGAUGGACAACAAUGGACGCGACUCGAGCUCGACUCGCAGCGGCGGCGCUGGCGCUGGCGGGGGCUCCACGGAAUUUCUACAGUCGUCAGCCAUGGCGAAGCCCCCUGCACAGACGACGCUCACCGCCUCAUCGUCGUCCAACUACGCCUCUAGCGUGUCUAGUGACAGCCAGAUUCAGACAGGGGGCCUCCCCGGGACACCUGUUACCCGACGCUCAGGCGGAUGGGACCGGCAGACGCUCUCCCCGGCGGUGGCAGCCAGGGAGGACCAUGUCGUCAAGACCAACAGCAUAGAGGACUCUUCUGAUUCUUCGGAUGAGUUUGUUGCCAGUUACAAGCCUGUGGAACGGUAGGUGUCAGUGAUCUGAUCAGUGAUGAUACGGAGUUGCUGAUUGGUGGGUUGGGUCCAUUGUUUGCUCCCAUGCUAAUGUGUCUCAGUGGGUCACGGUCCAAACGGUUCUUCCAAGCAUUCGUCGCCAAAUUCACCAAAUCCUCUGUUCGGUACGGUUUGGUGCCGAAUAGCCAGCAAGAACAAGACAGAAAUGUCAUCCAACAUACCGUUAUCAUCAAUAUCUUCAAGGGGCUUCAUUUAUCACCGAUAACGUCAAGGCCGAAGCGGGUGCUUGAUGUCGGUACUGGACCCGGAACAUGGGCAUUGGAAUUUGCAACGAAAUACCCCUCCUGUUCAGUUUUAGGCGUCGACAUCGAACCAGUCCGCCCACCAUAUACAAAAUCCAACUGCAGCUUCAAAACAUUCGACAUCACACACGACUGGGAUAUUUUCAAUGGCGGCAACUUUGACUUUAUUCACAUCCGACAACUAGGCGAUAUCGGAGACAAGAAGAAGUUAGUUCAAUCAGCAUUAGACAACCUAAGGCCAGGGGGAUGGGUCGAGUUUACAGAAUGGAUCGCGCUCCUACAAUCUCCAAACCACUCAUUAAAUGGCACAUAUUUCAAAAGAUGGAACGAGUUGAUGGAGCAAGGGAUGCGGAAUUUCGGCACAACGCUGAAAUAUCCCGAAAAGUUCAAACCGUUGCUGCAAGAAGCUGGUUUUGAGCGCAUCAUCGAGACGAGACACGGAGCGCCGACGAAUGCAUGCUACCCCGGGAAGAAGCUACAGCGCAUAGGACAUUUAAUGACUCAGAAUUGGCUAUUCAUUCUUGAGCCGUUGACCAUGCCCGUUUUUACACAGGGCUUGGGUUGGCCGCCGGAGGAGGUCAAGAAGUUCCUGGUGGAGGUGAAGAAGGAGAUUGGGAAUACGAAAUACCAUUCAUUUAUGACAUUAAUUACCUUUUGUGCCCAAAAGCCGGCACCCGGAUCAUCGACGCCAUCGAAUUCUGCGCCGGCUUCGGUCUCGGCGUCAGUGUCGACUUCUAUGUCGGAAUCUUCUAUGCCACGGUGAGGAAGUACAUCGUGCUGGGCUACGGAAUAUCAAGUCUUUAGACUAGACCCUCUGAUGGGACUGAAUUGCAUAUUUCUGGUGUUGUAUAGCAUUGUCUUUGGCUCGCAGGCUGCGAGAGUUGGUCUCUGGCGUGAUUAUAACGAGGGGGAGAUAUCCUAUAACGGACUAUAUAUAGAUGAAUACAGCUAUGCGGGAAGCAUGGAAUUCAGAGGCAAAGAACGUGUUCGAUUGACCUGCCAUAAAUAUCGCGAAGCUAUAACAAACGAAAACGCCUAUAAGGAAACAUCAAACAA